GUAUUCUCCAACGGAACGCAAGCAGCUAGCGCGGCAAGAUGGCUUUUGAUAAGCUGAAAAAGUUUGUGUUUAUAUUCCUCCUCCUCCUGCUGCUCUACCGCUCGACGAUGCUAUUACAUUUUGGCACAAAAAAAAAACAGUUUUUCAUCAUCAAGGGAAUGUGCGAAAGUUUGUCACCUUGCAGUUGAUUCCAGUCAGAGGUCAAAGCCAUUAAUAGAGGCCGAACAGAUGCGUCAACAGGUGGUAAGAGACGUGCAUUACACUUGGCAGUUCUUGAAAUUCCACCUGAGGAAUCUUAACUCGAACACCAAACCUAGCACCAUUCUUGAAGAACUGGAACAUUACUUUAGAGUGACCUCCCACGACCUCACGCGCCUUGAGGAGGUCGACGGGUUUCAGGAGUGGCGGGAGGAAGAGGCAGCCGCCCUCAGCGCCCUCGUGCAACAUCGGCUGCACGUCCUGCAGAAUCCUCGCGACUGCGCCUCCGCCAAGAAGAUCUACUGUGACUUUAGAGCGUCCGGCCGAGGUAUGGGGAGCCAUCUGCACCACCUGAGCUACUGCUUCCUGGCAUCGUAUGGCACUCAGCGAACCUUGAUUCUGAACACGAAGGGUUACAAUGGCAACCCCGAAGGACUGGAAACAUUCUUUCUUCCUCUCAGCGAGACCUGCACGAGUUACAGCAAGUCUCAGAUGGUUCCUUGGCCAGGAAAGGAAGAUUCGCUUGUUGUACAUUUCCCGGAUUGGGAUAGACCGAACCCAAGGCCGAAAUAUUUUCCAAAAUCAAUACCGAAGGACAUUUCCGAGCGUCUGAUGCGUCUCCACGGGGAUCCUUUUGCCUGGUGGAUAGGCCAGUUCUUCAAGUAUGCCAUGAGGAGGAACAAAGAUUUCCAGAAUUACACUGACAACCUAGCGCGAGAAAUGGGUUACGAGUCACCUGUUGUAGGCUUGCAAAUUCGGCGGUCAGACAAAUUGCAGAAAGAGGCAAUUUACAUUGACCUCAGUGUGUACAUGGAAGAAGUGGAUGAAUUCUACAAAAAGCUGGAGUUGCGUCAGACCGUUGCUCAACGAAGGAUUUUCUUGGCCACUGACGAUCCAGAAGUAAUUCCAGAAAUAAAGAAGAAGUACCCGGAGUACAAGCUCCUGUACAACCCGGCCAGCGUAGACUCGACGCGCGAAGGCCAGCGGAAAAAGGGGCCGAGUGUACAAUACUUUCUCGCUGAUGUUUACUUCCUGGCGCGAUCCGACUACCUUGUCUGCGGGAUGACUUCCAAUAUCUGCAGGCUGAGUUACGAGUUAAUGCAGACCCUUCAUGUUGACGCGUCGACCCGCGUCUCGUCGGUCGACAGAGAUUACUACUUCCACUACGAGGUCGGAAAUGUCGUCAAGGCUCGCUUUCCUCAUAAGCCCAGAAGGACCGGAGAACUAGAAAUGCAGGAAGGAGAUGUGGUGGACCGAAAGGACGUACCUAUUCAUUUUUUCAAACAUCCCAGCAAAAACAAUGGUUUUCAGUGGGGCACGAACACGCGUACCAAAAAAUCAGGUUAUUAUCCUGUUUACAAGACCGUCGAAAUUUUGGAAAAAGCAAAUGUCCAGUCCUUUGAACGCAUUGACAGGAGUAAAACCGAAUAAUUGUUACUAUCUUAUGAAGGGUUAAAAGUUAAAAUCAAAUGUGCUAGGUUAGAGAAUUGUUCGUGAUUAUGUUCACAAUAUUAUAGAUAUUAGAGAUCGUAAGAUCCAUAUCUAUACCAUCAAAAACAGAAUCAAGGUAAUUGCUUGGAGAGUUGUCUGAACAACCAUUAACAGUUUGUGAGAGAAAAGACAGUGAUGUUUAUAGUUAUAACAGCGUAUAUCAAUACUUACUAUAAAUUCCUAUUCAGAAGAAGAGGGAGCAAUUAUGGCCAGCACAAGAAUCGAUGUAAACAGCAUUACUGCCGACAUCAAAGGAGUACAGAGCGCAAAGCAGUUUGAUUUUCCUUUGUCAAGUUUUACAGAGUCUCUUGAUUACCACAGAUGCAGCUGUCUAAUAAUGCCGUACUGUUUGGUUCUUUAUCAAAAAGGACAGAUCACAGAUUUAGAAAUUCAAUGCAAGAUAAAUGCUAUAAAAGUAAUAUGUGGUCAUAAUCAGUGUUGCCAUCUUUGAAUUUUUUCAUACUGUAAGUUUCACUGAAAAGGUGCUGUUCGUAUCACCAAACAUUAGAAAAUGAAGCACAACACAUGCCUCUCUCUCUUUUAUCAUGAUGUGAUGAUUAGUAAGGUAAUAUACAAAUAAUUUUUGAAAAUCAAUGCAUCAAAAGAAAACAUCAGUUAUUUCAUUCAGUUUUUCUGAUUUUGAGGAAUAAUUUGCCUAUGUGCUGAUAUGAAAAAAAAAAAAAAAAAAAAAUCUUGAGGUCUAAAACGUCUAUAGUUGAAACACUCAUGCAAUGUAUGUAAAUGUUCUUAAGGAACACCACGAAAGAAAGAAGUAAUAUACCAAUGCAGUGAUUUUUUUCCCAAAGCUAUUAAAGUGGAAUAAAAAAAGAGACCUCACUGCUACUUUACACACACGCACACACAUAUAUAUUACUAAUCGAUUUUCUUUUCACAACUAUUGAAUUCAUAAUAUGGCUUGGAUCCCCUAACCAUUUGUGUUAACAUUAUCCCAUUAACUGAUUGCAGUGAGACGGUUUCUUAUUCGAGUUUCAGAAAGUAUAUAUUUUUCUUUUCUCAUUUUGUAGUAAAUGAAUAUCAGAAAAUUGUAUUUCUUAAUAUGUGUGCAAGGUAUGGCUGGAUUUCCCACCCACUGACGGUGCGAAAUCUGAAAUCAGGUUAGGAAGAUUGCUAGACGAGAACGCUGCCGCUGAUGAAAGUUUAACAAUUAGUCUGAGAACAUCUUUGGACGGGCAUACCUCAAAUUUAAAUUGUCAGCCACAGAUCGAUUAAGAUGCAGUUUUAAAUCUCUGUUUUCCAUGCCGAGUUGAACUUUUCAUCAUAUCAAAGUGUUUCAUUGGACUGCCAUUCCUGGUACAGACUACUACAGAAAUGGAGACGAUAGGAGCUGGUGGAUGUGCAAGCACUCGGUCUUCCAUUUUCCUGAUGCUGAUAGGCCAGAAAUGUGGAAGAGUGAAUCGCUUCCCUCAGACGCCAUGCCAUAGGCUGGAACCAGGAAAAUAGAGCGGCAGUGUAAAAUUUUGGCACUUGAUGCUUCUCUUUUUAUCUUGAACUGCCAC